ACUCCCGCCUUAGAACGAGGAACAAUACUAACUCCAAUAUUGUCGCAUUAUCGUGACAAUAAUAAACCCAAUCAAUGCCAAUUGACGUGAUCGAUAAAAAUUAAAAUGCUAUCGAAUUUUCAUUUUUCGCCUCACUGGAUUUUUCGUUGAUUAGUUUGAGUGGAUUAAUUACAAGUGGAUUUCAUAAGUUACCCUCUGUGAUUGUUCAAUGUGCUAGUCCCUGUGAAUUUAAGGUGGUCCUUCUCCCGGGAUUCUUCAGUCACGAGGAAGGAAACGAGUUUAAUUCAAUUUUCAGUGGGGAAAAGGUGAAUUUUUUUAAGGAUUAGGAUUAUCGCGGUGACUAUCGAAUGCUCGGAGAUUAUUCAAGAAGCAAUAAUCGUGGAAAAAGAUGAGACUGCGAAGGGAACUGAGAAGAGGAAAACGCGGCGCUGAAAUGACUUGAAAUGAAAAUUCUGGAUUAUGGGGCACUGAGACCAGGGGUUUCAGAUGAAUAAAAUUUAAUGACGAUAAUGAACGAGAGUGAAAUAUACCUCCUCGGUUGGGACGAGUCGUCGAUACUGAGCCAUGAGCUCAAUCGCACGUACUACAAUUCAAACUACACAGUGAAUGAUACGUACAAUGAUCUAUGGGAUCUAGCAACAGAUCGUGCUGGUCUUGCUGUUGUUCUGCUGUUAUUCUCAGUGGCAACGGUAUUUGGCAAUUCACUGGUGAUACUUGCUGUUUUUCGCGAGCGUUAUCUCCACACAGCGACAAAUUAUUUCGUCACAUCAUUAGCAUUUGCCGAUUGCCUUGUUGGUCUAGUGGUGAUGCCAUUCAGUGCGAUCUACGAGGUACUGGAGAAUCGCUGGUUAUUCACAAUGGAUUGGUGCGAUGUCUGGCGCUCCCUCGAUGUUCUCUUCUCAACUGCAUCAAUAUUGAAUCUCUGUGUGAUAAGUCUCGACAGAUAUUGGGCGAUAACUGAUCCAUUCACGUAUCCAACGAGAAUGAGUAGAAAACGGGCAGCUAUACUCAUAGCGAUAGUAUGGGUGUGCUCAAGUGCAAUAUCAUUUCCAGCUAUAGCAUGGUGGCGAGCUGUGAGAACCGAAGAGGUGCCCAAGGAUAAGUGUCCAUUUACCGAAAAUCUUGGUUAUCUCAUAUUCUCAUCAACAAUAAGCUUUUACUUACCAUUGUUCGUCAUGGUAUUCACCUACUACAGAAUAUAUCGGGCGGCUGUUAUUCAAACUAGGAGUCUAAAACUUGGUACAAAACAAGUGAUGAUGGCAUCUGGUGAAUUGGAAUUAACUCUUAGGAUACACAGAGGUGGUGCUACUAAUACCGAUGCAAGACAUCUGUUUAGAACAGCAUCGAGUACACCUGAGGAUUUGCAGGAUAUGGAGGAGCCAUUGACUCUUCAUAAUAAUGGCUUGAUGCGAAUGCCUUCAACGCGCAUCAAUAAUAAACAACAUCUUGGAAAGAAUUUUUCGUUAUCACGUAAAUUAGCUAAAUUUGCUAAGGAGAAAAAAGCUGCUAAGACACUUGGUAUUGUUAUGGGUGUUUUUAUUGUUUGUUGGUUACCAUUCUUUGUGGUUAAUCUUUUGUCGGGUUUCUGCACGAGAUGCAUUUGGAAUGAGGAAAUUAUAUCGGCAGCUGUUACGUGGCUUGGAUGGAUCAACAGUGGAAUGAAUCCAGUCAUUUAUGCAUGCUGGAGUCGAGACUUUCGGAGGGCUUUUGUCAGGAUACUGUGUGCCUGUUGUCCAAGGAAAAUGAGGAGAAAGUAUCAGCCGGCAUUUAGAUGCAAACCCAGUCAGAUGAAAAAAAUCCGACGCAAGCAGUCGAAAAAACUUUUGUACGUGGGUGGAAUGAGUAGCGGUGGUCAAACAAGCAGCGUAAGCUACAGCAGUGUUAGCCAGAGUAGUGACGGUACUUAUGGCGGUAUCAGUGCAAGUACAUCAUCGAGUGGAGGUAUGUGACGUCCCGCUG